UUGUUUUGGAGGCGCAUGUGACUCGUCAAUCACAGAAAAGAAGCAGAGAGGAGGUAUCUCUGUAUAGAGAAAGAGGAAUUCAGAAAGGAGCGUGGAGUAGAGCGCCAUGGCUUUACUUUCCGUGCUGUCUUGUGUAGUCGCUCUCUUGUUUCUUUUGGCUACUGUUGAAGAGGUCAGCUCGAAGAAGCCAAAUAUAGUUUUGAUCCUCACCGACGAUCAGGAUGUUCUCCUGGGCGGAAUGACACCAUUGAAGAAAACCAGAAAACUUAUUGGAGAUUUUGGAAUAACCUUCAAUAAUGUGUAUGUGGCCAGCCCUCUGUGCUGCCCCAGCAGAGCCAGUAUCCUGACUGGGAAGUAUCCACACAAUCACCGUGUAUUUAAUAAUACACUAGAGGGAAACUGCAGUAGCAAAGCAUGGCAAAAAACACAGGAACCCAACACUUUCCAAGCUAUCCUCCAACGUUAUUGUGGAUACAAGACUUUUUUUGCAGGAAAAUAUUUGAAUGAGUAUGGAUCAGAGGUUGCAGGUGGCAUUGAACAUGUUCCACCAGGUUGGGAUCACUGGUAUGCUCUGGCGAAGAAUUCAAAAUACUACAACUACACACUUUCUGUUAAUGGAAAACCACAGUAUCACGGUCAGAACUAUAGCCAAGAUUAUCUAACUGAUCUACUAUCAAAUGUUUCAUUGGAGUUUUUGGAACACAGAAUCAAGAAUUUUCCAUUCUUUAUGAUGAUCUCUACUCCAGCACCACACUCUCCUUGGACUCCUGCCCCACAAUAUGAAAAGAGCUUUUUGGAUGUUAAAGCACCAAGAAACAGCAACUUUAACAUACAUGGAAAGGAUAAACAUUGGCUAAUCAGGCAAGCAAAGACUCCCAUGACCAACUCUUCAAUUCAUUUUCUGGAUAAUGCUUUCAGGAAAAGAUGGCAAACACUGCUGUCAGUGGAUGAUCUUGUAGAAAAAGUUGUGAAGAAACUUGAUGCAGUCAAAGAGCUAGAAAACACCUACAUUUUCUUUACAUCUGAUAAUGGCUAUCAUACAGGUCAAUUUUCUUUGCCAAUUGAUAAACGACAACUAUAUGAAUUUGAUAUUAAAGUGCCAUUGCUUGUGCGAGGACCUGGAAUCAAAUCUAAAAUGAGUAAUAAGAUGCUUGUAGCAAAUAUUGAUUUGGCUCCCACAUUCUUGGAUAUUGCUGGCUAUGAUAUUAACAAGACUAGGAUGGAUGGCAUGUCUCUCUUACCUUUGCUGAGUGGUAUGGCGCAAAAUGUGACGUGGAGGACUGAUCUCCUUGUAGAAUAUCAAGGAGAGGGACAUAAUAGAAGUGAUCCUACUUGCCCCUCAUUGGGCCCUGGGGUCACUAAUUGUUUCCCUGAUUGUGUUUGUGAAGAUGCAUAUAACAACACCUAUGCAUGUGUAAGAACAAUUGCCACUCCAGCUGACUUGCAGUAUUGUGAAUUUGAUGAUAGUGAGGUGUUUGUAGAAGUCUAUAACCUAACCUCUGACCCACACCAAAUCAUAAAUAUAGCCAAAACUAUAGAUCAAGAAGUUCUUGAGAAGAUGAACCAUCGUCUCAUGAUGCUACAGUCUUGUUCUGGAUCAACAUGUCAUACACCAGGAAUAUAUGAUCCAAGGUACAGAUUUGACCCUCAACUAAUGUUCCAUCAUGGACCUGCUGCACCCAAGUUAUUCCACAAAACCUUAUGAGGCCUUUUGCUGGCUGUCACCUAUUACACAACCUUGUACUUUUUGUGUGGACUGCAAAUCACUAGGAAUUGUAUUUUUUUUUUCAAUGUCACCUCCUUUCCUCCUCCUCCUUCUUUCUCCUCCCCCCCCCCCCCCCCCCCCAACCACUUAAACCCAAUGUAAAGACAUGUUUUCAUGUUUAAAAGAAAAAAUUGCCUUUUGAAAAGUGGAAAUUUUUAAUGUACUUUUAUGUAUUGAUCUAAAUAGCACUAUUUAUUUUGCAAGGACCAUUGUCUUCAUUUCAAAAGGAGCUAUGCAUAUAAUUGCUUGAGGUACAAAAGAGAGCCAAAACCAUUGUUUUUUUUUUUCUUGCAUGAGUUAUCUGGUAACCAGAGCUGUACUUGGUGGGUACUGAAUGACCUUUUCCAGUUGUCAUUUGCUUCUCUGUAGCAUGAUCCGGUAGUGUCUCAUUUCUGUACUUGACUUUGAACUGGACUUCACUGUAAAAGAUAUUCCAAGAAGCAUGUGGACGGCAGAAAAAUGUGGGUUUUUGUGGCAAAUCCUGCUCCUUCUUUCCAGUGGCCAUCCUGCCCAUAGUAAUGGGAACAUUGCUCAUAAUUUUGGGGCAGAGGCAGGUGACUAGGAUUAAAUUAUUGGCUCGUAGCCGAUUUUAUUCCUUCUCUUCAUUCUCUGCUUCAAAAUGGAACAAAAUAUUCCACCAGGAAAGGAUGGUCUUACAUUUCCAGUAUGCAGUCUCUUGGGUCAGGCUUGUGUGAACGUUGCGAAAAAUGGAGUAAAUUCAUCUGAUUCUACACACAUAUGCAUAGUACCAGACUUGCUUUUAAAUUGAAACACUUAAGUCCCUAGAAUGGCUUAUCUUAGAUGAGUUUUUUUUUUUGCUCCCAACAGAUCUGUUUCCAAUCCCAGCAAUAGGUUAUUAACUUGGCUACCGUAUCACUGUCACCAAGGCUGGCCACUUAAUCAUUUUAGUUGUGAUCCUCUUUUUCUGUCUUCACCCACAGUCAGUAUUAUUUUUGAGAGAAUACUGUGACUCAAGACAAAUUGAAAUCUAUUGGCGCGAUCAUCUUUUCUGAUUUUGGUGGUAAGAGAUUGUAGAUAUUCAAAAGUUGCCCUGAUAUCCAGCUUAUUUACUGCCAAUGUGUGUUCUUCAAUAGUGUAAAAAAUGCCUUUGAUCUCUUUUUCUCCUGAGGCUUUGCUGAAUGACAGAAUACUAUAUUGUCCAGGCGGCUGGAAAUCAUUCUAUAAAAUCUGAAUCAUAAUUCUCACCAAAUGAAAGCUUUCUUCAAUUUAAGUGUUUUGCUUUAAAAUUAAGCUGGCUUUCCAAUGGUAGUGGGUUUAGAUAUUGCACUAAAGGAAUUGAGAUCCCAGCUGUAUUUUGUUUUUGAUAUGCAGGAGCUGUGCUCUUAGCUUUCUUUCCCAGCUGAGUAUGAGGAAGAUGUGUGAAGGCCCAAGUGGCUAAUGGUUGCUAGAAAAAUUUGGCCAAUAGCUAUGCUAUCUGGCCAUUACUAUCAGCUGUUGUUUUUAUUGAUCAAUUAUCCACUAAAUCUAACCACUUCAUAAUGUGUCCUGCGAUAUUGAAUUAUCUACCAGAAUGUCUUUUAUUCAAAGAUGGAAUUAUUCUUUAUAAUCUUUUACACUGUGGCACCUACUUUCCUACAAUUUUGAGCAAGGCUUUGCUUAAUAUUUAUUUAUAUUGGGAACACUGCAAAAUGAUUCUGGACAGAAUGCUGAAGCAACACCAAAUUGUCUGAAGAGCAAAAAAACACACACACUUAAAGCUGUCUUUAACCAACGUAGGUAUAUUUAGAGUUAUAUAGGUGACACUGCCUGUCUCUAGGAUAGCACUGGCCUAUAGCCUUAUUGAUGUGCAUUAGUGAAGAGGUUUAUCUAGCAACCCUUGACUAAAGUCUGCCUUUUGCCAUGUGUAUCUGUAAAACCUACAAAAAAGUCAUGCACUUGAGCAAGCAUUUAGUUUAGCUUUGAAAUAUAAAGGGUUUAAAAACAUUUUGUACAUCAAUAUUGCAGUGUUAAUGAUAAAUCUUGUAUUUUCAGUGCUAAACUUUGCAUUUUUAAACCAAGUUAUGUAGCUUGGAUAACAAUUUGUGUAAACUUGAUGUUAUUAAGGAGGUUCAGAUUCUAGGCACUUGUAAUGCUGACUUUGAAUUGAGAUUUCUUCUUUUUCCCAAAGAUGAUUUAAGUGCCCUUGAUUGUACUUUUGAGAUGUGAUUAUGAUGGCUCAAUUUAAUAAAUGACUUUUCAAUUUGAA